UCCUCGCGAUUGUUUGAUGUUUAUUUCAUAGCCUUUUGUUGAACAUCGGAAUCUAUUAAACUAAAAGAUGGAGUUGGAUCCAAAGAAGAUUGUUGAAGUAUUGGAGAAAUAUGAAGCUGAAGCCGAUCAGAUUUUCCUAAUUCGAAGUCAGAUGGUGGAGAACGAGAGGGAGAGGAAUGCGAACCGAGAGGCUCUUACAUCACUUAGGAAGAAAGCCCGGACAACAAAGACUAGUGUUCCUUCUCCUUUUGAUUCUAUGAUGAAAAAUACUCAAGGGAAACCUAUGGUACAGGAAGUUUGCUCGACGUGUGGAUCCCAUGACUCUAGUAAACCCACGUGGAUGAUGCUCCCAGGAGCUGACCUUUUUGUUGAAGUUCCUUUUCAUGCUGUGCAUACAAUGCUGGAAAAAGAUGAAGAGAAGAUGGGGUUUGAGUCAAAGAAAUUGCAGAGCUUACUGAAGGAGAAGACUCUUUUUCUAUCUGAACUUGGGGCUCUUGCUGAUAGUAUUCCUCAGGGCGUUAUCAGAUCCUUGGUUGCGUUAAAGGACAAACCUUAAGCUAAGUUGAAUGGGAUGAUGAAGCAUUUGUAGGACUUCAAUUUUCUUUUUAUUCACUAUAGGCAGAGUUUAAUUAGUUCAUGGCGAAAUUGCUCACUUUUGAAUCAUACACUAGUUUCUUUCUGCCUAUAGUUAGCCUGAAAAAAAAAUUAAAAGAUGGUUUGCGUUUAGAGAAUUUAGA